AUGCACAUAGUAGGAAAGCAUUAUGCAUGCUGGGGUGAUUUAGAAGCUUUGAAGGUUCAAAAUGGUGCUUGGGUGUGGAUGGGAGAUUUUAAUUGUCCCCUAAAUAUGGAGGAUAGAAUUGGGGCUCCUAUUAGAAGCAGUGAAUGUGUGGAGUUUAGAAGAUGUGUAGAUAAUUGUCAUAUGGAGGACAUGAAAGCUACAGGUUGCUUCUACACUUGGAAUAAUAAGCAAAGUGGAGAUGCUCGAGUUUUCUCUAAAAUAGAUAGAGUGAUGUGUAAUGUGGAGUGGGUCAUGGCUUACCAAUUCACUGAAGCUAUGUUUCACCCUGAGGGUGAUUUUGAUCAUAGUCCUAUGGUAUUACUCACUCAUCCUAGGCUACACUCUGGAAAAAAACCUUUUAGAUACUUUGCUAUAUUAUGUGGAAGAAAUGCUGCAAACUUUGAAACCAUAGUCCAGAACAGUUGGAAUGAAAUGAUUGUGGGCACUCCUAUGUUCAGGGUCACACAGAAAUUGAAGAGAGUGAAGGUUAAACUCAAGCAAUUGAACAAGGAUGGUUUCUCUGAUUUACAAGCAAAGGAGAUAUCUACUGCUGAGAAUCUGAGAGAGUGUCAGAUUCUUUUGCAUCAACAUCCUGAAGACUUGGAGUUGAGAAGGAAAGAACUACAAGUUGCACAAGAUCAUAGAGUAGCUCAUGAUUCUUAUAUGGCUUUCUUGCAACAAAAAGCCAAAAGUGAAUGGGUUAGUCAACCUGAUCAGAUUAACCAAGCUUUCCUGGACUAUUAUCACUCCUUGCUGGGGACUACUUUAUCACACAGAAGGCAAGUCAAGAGAAGUAUUGUAGUAGCAGGGCCUGUGGUUAGUCCACAGCAAUGUGAGAAUCUAAUAAGGACAGUUACUAGUGAAGAAGUGAAAGUGGCUAUGUGGUUUAUACAUACUGAUAAGGCCCCUGGCCCAGAUGGAUUUGGUAGCCACUUUUUUAAAGAUUGUUGGAAUAUAGUUGGUCCCGAAGUGAUAGCAGCUGUUGUAGAUUUCUUUCAGAGUGGUAGGCUCCUGAGUGAGAUUGAGGAUGGUGUUGCCUGA